UCCAGGACUACGCGAACGCACCCAAACACCCGCCCUAGCUCGCUGCCAUCUCCAUCUCGCCCGUGUCGCUGCGCUUAUCCUGUAGGGAGCUCCUAACCGCAUUUUUUUCUUCCCGUCACCCUCGCCAUUACCAGCAUCAUGGCUGCCACCCCUCUCGACUUCAAUCCGACCAAGGAGCAAGCUGUCGCCGACGUCCUCUCACAUGCCCGCGUAGCCCACACUGGCCCCUUCGGACGGUUACAAGAUGUAUAUGCGGCAUAUCACGAGCGGAGAGAAGCGCUGGGACUGAGCAACCCCGGCACCGUGGAGAACAUUGCGAGGGAAGUCCAGCGCGAUGUCUUCCUAAACAACUCGAGCUUCUCAGGCCUGCGCGCCGAGCUCACCAAGGCCUUCAGCGCCGCCCCGUUAUUCCAGGUUGCCCAUUCACUGUCAAUGGGUUCGCAGCUGCAGCCGCCAUACUCAUACAUGGUCCUAUAUGGGUCACCUAGGGUGUUUAUGCAAGGCAACCUCGACAAUGACCUCCAGUUCUCCGGCCGCUUCAACUGGCGCUGGACGUCUGCCUUUGUCACAAAAACCGCCGUACAGCUCACCUCGCAAGGCAACAUGGUCUCACUCGAGAAUGACUACACGGGCGCCGACUUCUCGGCCUCACUAAAGGCUGUCAACCCCUCGGUACUCGACGGCGGCGUAACCGGCAUGCUCAUGGCAAGCUACCUCCAAGCUGUCACACCGAAGCUGUCGCUCGGCAUCGACGCCUUCUGGAGCCGCCCCGCUACAGCAUAUCCACCAGAGUUGAAUGUCUCGUACGCAGCACGAUACAGGGCUGCCGACUGGAUGGCUUGCGGACAAAUCAUUCCUGAUCGCGGUGUAUUGGAGGCAUCAUACUGGCGCAGGCUCACCGACAAGGUCGAGACAGGCAUCAACUGCAACCUUGCUUUUGCUGGAAUUGGCCCUGGAGGCCCCAUGGCCGGCCCGCAAAAGGAGGGCAACGUCACGAUUGGUGCCAAGUACGAUUUCCGCCAGUCGUCAUUCAGGGCCCAGGUCGACAACCAGGGCAAGGUAUCGUGUUUGUUGGAAAAGAUGAUUGCGCCGCCCAUCCGCGUAACCUUCUCCGGCGAGAUCGACCACAAGCAGAGCGCCGCCAAGCUCGGUCUUGCCGUUGCAAUAGAAGCCGCCGACGAGGCUGUCAUGGAGCAGCAGGAGCAGGCUGGAGCCGCAGUAUCAGCUGGCGCCAUCCCCUUCUAAACUCGCCCAUGACCACCUCUACCGACUAUAAAUCUCAUAACUCUUCUCUUCGCUGUAUUACCAUCUUUUCUGGAGCGAGCAAGGUAUACCCUUCUCCUGCACGACGAGCGCCUGCUUUCCUGGUUUCCAUCCCACGAUAUCCGGCGGACAGUUGGUUAGGGUUGCACGAGCGCGA